AUGGCCAGUACUCAAACAGUAGAAAAUGAAACCCAGAUGAUGAAUGAUUGGUUAAAUUCUAUACAGACAUUGCUAAAAUCUGUAGACCACGAUUACAUUCAAUCAUGUAGCAUUUCUAUAGUUCCAGAAGAACUCAAAAACUCAUCAAACGAAGAUGCUUACAUGCCAAGAGUGGUAUCAAUUGGACCAAGAUUCAAAGGUAGCAGAGAAGAUUUACUUCUCAUGGAAGAAGUCAAAUUACGUUCAAUGUUAUCUCUCUUACACCGCGCCGGAAAGGCAGGCGAACCCAAGACAUACUUACAGAAAUGCAGCAAAGCAAUAUGGAAAAUAGAUAAACAAGUUCGAGCUAGUUAUGUUUCCAAUAUCAAACUUGAAAACACCGAACUCGCGAAAAUUAUGUUGGUUGAUGGUUGUUUUUUGUUAGAGCUUAUGAUUGCGAAAGGAAUGGAUUCUCACCUACCAAGUCGUUUGAAUCCGCCCGGUCCUGCACCGGAAGUACUAAAAGAUGAAGAUGUUUUGUCUGAUCUAAUGUUGCUGGAAAAUCAAAUACCUAUUUUAGUACUUCAUGAAUUGUCUAAAAUUCUUUUCCCGAAUGUAUUUGAUCCAACAAGUAGGGAAGAGAGGGCGACCGUAAUCAAUAAUCUUGUCUUGUCUGUCUUUUCCUACUCUCAGGUUUCGAAUCCAGAAGCUCCUCAUGUUCUUGAUCUUGUUCAUUUUUAUGUUAAUAGUAGGAAAAAAGUUGAGACUGAAAAUGUUGAGAGUCCAGAUAAUCAUGUAGUAGGCAUUACUGAGAAGAAUCGGAAGUUGAAGCUGAAAUUGACGCGAUGUACUUCAAGGCUCGUCGCUGCAGGGGUAAGUAUCAAAGUUAUUGAAGAUAAUAAACAUAGGGGAAUUUCUUGCUUUGGUUGGAUGAGGAAUUUUUUUGGUGGCGGAUUUAUAAAGCUUGGCAAUAUGCUUGUUGUGACUGAUGAAAUGGAUAAACAAGUGGAUGAGACAGCCGAUGAAGAAACGAGGGGUUUUAAUUUUGAAUUUAAGUUUGAGAAGGGGAAACUCGAAAUUGCAGAGCUACAUAUUACAAAAACAACGAAAGCAAAGUGGCGCAAUGUAAUUGCUUGGGAACAUCAUAAAAAGAAUUGGAAGAGUUCUUCUUCUAUGGCUUCUGGGUACGAGAGUGGUGAUGAGAAUCUGGUGAGUACGUCUAGUCCAAGCGGGAAAUUUACUUUGUCUAGUUUGAUUUUCGAUGGUUUGAUUUGUUGUGCGGACGAUGUGAAGCUUCUGAAAGAGAAGAAUAUUAUCGUUGAUCAUUUGAAGAUGAACGAUGAGGAGUUGGAAGAGUAUUUUCAUACAAUGUCAUUUGGAGUUGAUCGCGCAAUUGUUGAUUCUAGUUAUGUUAAAAUGGUUGAUGAAUUGAACAAUUAUUCGAAGGCGUUUUUCGUGUUGAGGAUCUUGAAAAUUUUGUGGCAUCUUUUCAAGUUUCGUCUAGAAUGGCUAGUAAAUUUUUUGAAACAAAACUAUAACUUUGUUGCUGCAUUGGUGGCUGUACUUAGUUUGGUUCAGACUGUUUAUACAAUCUUAGCCUAUUAUUUAAACAAAUAA